AGACUACAAAUUUUAUUUUUUAAUUGGGUCAAGUUAAUAUAUUUUUUUUUCUCAUCCCGACUAAUGAGAAUUACGUGUUGCAGUGCUACUAAGUGACAGCAUCUACAACGAGUUUUUUUCAUACUUAAAUUUUCGUGGUGGACCAUGUUGGUGAGUCAAGUUAGUAUUAUUAUAUUCCCAAAAUUGCAAAGUUGUGCUUGGUAGUUGUCGCAGUGUUAACUGUCCUUACUCUAUGAGUGGACAGUGUCACGGCUAACAAAGAGAGAGAUUUUUACUUUUUUGGGGGAGAUAGAGUGAUUGUACAGAGACAUGGAGAAGAAUUCAUCAACUGAAAAAGGUGAAAUGGUUGAAGAGCCAUUGCUUCUACAUAAUUCUGAAACUCAAAAGGGUGGCUUAAGAACUUUGCCUUUUAUACUUGGAAAUGCGGUUUUGAUGAAUGCGGCGACGGCUGCUUUAACCCCUAAUAUGAUCCUGUAUUUGAUGAAUGAAUAUCACAUGGAUAUGACUACUGGGUCCAAUAUUAUCUACAUCUGGUCAGCAGUUACCAACAUUGCUCCAGUUGUUGGUGCCUUUAUGGCGGAUUCUUUUGUGGGACGGUUCCAGACGAUAGGAUUGGGAUCUGUUGUCACUCUUGUGGGGAUGUUUCUGUUUUGGCUGACAUCAGUGAUUCCGCAAGCAAGGCCCCCACCCUGUGUCGAUUCCAACAAUAUAUGCAGAUCAGCAGAGAUGUUCCAACUCUUCUUCCUGUGUUUCUCUUUGGGUAUCGUUGCCAUUGGAGCAGGUACAAUCAAAUCCUCAUCUUUAGCAUUUGGCUCUGAUCAGUUAAAACAGGAAGUAUAUCAAGGAAAUGCGCGUGCAAUGGAGAGAUACUUCAGCUGGUACUAUGCUUUGUAUGCGUUGUCUCUCGUGGUUGCUCUCACGUGUCUUGUUUAUAUCCAAGUCAACAUGGGGUGGGCUUUAGGUUUUGGAGCUCCUGUUUUGCUAAUGUUGUUUGCAACUGUUUUAAUUUAUUUGGGUACUCCAUUCUACGUGAAGCUGAAGCCUAAAUCGAGCUUAAUCACUGGCCUUUUUCAAGUGGUUGUAGCUGCUUAUAGAAAUAGAUGUCUCAGAUUGUCAUCAGAGAGUGCAGAUAUACUAUACCAUCGGAACAAAGGGUCAACCAUAGUUCGUCCAAGUGAAAAAUUAAGGUUUCUGAAUAAAGCUUGCAUUGUACAAGACCCUCAGCUAGAUUUGAGCCCAGAUGGAGAAGCAACAGAUCCUUGGCGUCUUUGCACUGUAGAUCAAGUAGAGGAGCUGAAAGCAUUGCUCAAAGUUGUUCCAAUCUGGUUGACGGGAGUUGUAUUGGCCAUAAAUAUAAGCCAGAGCUCUUUUCCAGUACUUCAAGCGAAAACCAUGGAUCGACAUAUUGGUUCAACCUUUGAAAUCCCAGCUGGCUCCUUUGGCAUCUUUAUUGUCAUCUCUGGUAUACUUUGGAUUGUCCUCUAUGAUUGUUUGAUUCUUCCCGUUGCAUCAAAGUUGACUGGAAAACCAGUACACUUCAGCACGAAACAGAGAAUGGGGUUUGGUUUAGUUCUUUCCUUCCUUUCAGUCUUAGUGGUGGCAGUUGUGGAAGGUGUCCGGAGAAGUAUUGCAAUCAAGCAGGGGCACUCUGAUGAUCCAGAAGGUGUCAUCCCUAUGUCAGCAGCGUGGCUACUUCCUCAGAAUUGCCUUACUGGCUUUGCAGAGGCCUUGAACGCCAUCGGCCAAAACGAAUUUUAUAUAUCAGAAUUUCCUAGAAGCAUGUCAAGUAUAGCUGCUUCUCUAAUAGGAUUUGGUAUGGGAGUGGGAAACUUACUAGCUAGCUUUCUAAUGAAUACCAUCAACGACUUAACCAAAGGAGAAGGGCAAGAGAGUUGGAUAUCGAGCAAUAUAAACAAGGGCCAUUACGACUGCUAUUAUAUGGUUCUUGCAGGAUUUAGUCUGGUUAACAUGCUGUGCUAUAUUGUUUGUAGUAGAGCUUAUGGUCCUUGUAAAGGAGAGGAAGAAGAGGUGAUGGAAGAGGAGGAUCCAUGAACGUGUAAUGUUGAGCAGGGCUGAUGUUAAUGUUUGUAUCAAAUGAAGUUGUAGUCACUUAACUUUGUGGGGAUUAACUAAUUAUAGUUAUGUAAAGACAUAUGUUAAUGUAUUUAUUGAAUUGGUUUGAUCCCAGUGUAAUAAAAACUCAAAUAAAAAAAAAUACUUUUUGGUAAAAA